CAUACCAUCAGGGCCUCAUUAAUAUCAUUUCCUCCAGACUUUCCCAGCCAAUUAUGUGUGGAGCCCCAACUGCUUCAGACUUUAUCUGUGAAGUGUUUAUAAAUCUCUCCCUCAGAGAUAUCACCCCGCAUUCUGUGGUGCCUGAGGAGGAACAGGCGAUGUGUCUGUUCAGACGUCAGUUCUCAAAGCUCCUUUAAACCUUUACAAGCUGGAAAUACCGUUUUUCGUUCUCUCAUAAAACCUCUCCAACAGUUUAUCCUUCACUCCAACCUUUACUAGAAGAUGUCAGGAAAGAGGCUUUUGCUUUCUGCAAUAAUCCUAUCCAUAUUAAUACAUUUACUGUCAACGCAGCCUUCAUUUGGUCAGCUCCUGACAGAAGAGUCCUGCACCGUUCAGAUCCUUGUCCCUGGACUAAAAGGAGAACCAGGAGACAAAGGGCAAAAAGGAACUCCCGGCAGGCCAGGAAGAGUUGGACCUCCGGGAGAAAUGGGACAACAUGGCCUUAAGGGACAGAAAGGCAUUAUGGGACGCUAUGGAAAAGUUGGUCCACCUGGAAUGAAAGGGUCAAAAGGAGACAUGGGUGAUCCUGGUUCUAAGGGCCCCAAUGGAGAGCCAGGUGUCCCAUGUGAGUGCACGCCAAUGAGAAAGAUGAUCGGAGAAAUGGACAUUCUUGUGGCCCAGUUGUCUUCAGAGCUUAAAUUCAUAAAAAAUGCACUGCCCUCCCCUGCAGCUGUUGCUGGCAUAAAAGAGACAGACAGUAAGGUGUAUCUGCUGGUGAAAGAGGAGAAGCCUUACAGCGACGCCAAAGUCUCCUGUCAGGCGAGGGGAGGGCACCUGGCCAUGCCGAAGGACGAGGGCGCCAACCAGGUCAUUGCAGGCUACAUCACCGAAGCCAGCCUGAGCAGGGUCUACAUCGGCAUUCAUGACCUUGACCGCGAGGGGAUUUUCACUUACGUGGAUCGGUCUCCCAUGACCACCUUCAGCAGAUGGAGAAAAGGCGAGCCCAACAACGCAUACGAUGAUGAGGACUGCGCUGAGAUGACGGCCUCUGGGGAGUGGACUGAUGUGGCCUGCCACCUCACCAUGUAUUUUAUUUGUGAAUUUGACAAAGACAUGAUCUGAAUCUAGUUAAUAAACGCUAAAGAAUGAGUAAAGCAGCUUGAAACCUUCAAUGACGAAACACCUGUUUUUCCUCUUUAUUUCUUAAACUAACAGGCUAUUUAUUUUUUAUCUUGAAAGGCAGCCUGAAUUUUGUUGGAUUUAACUAUUCCAAGUGCGUCUCUGAUCUCGUUUUGGAUGAUUCAUUAGUGUUUCCCAGGCAGUCUAUUGAGCGUUAUUGUUAUGCAAGCAACUCUGUAACUGUGUAGUUGAGAAAAAUGGCAAAUAAGCAAAAACCUGUGAAUUAAAAAAAAAAAAAAAA